CAAAAACCACAACAACCAGACCAGGCAUUUUAACAUCAAAAGUCAAUUAAAAUACGUAAAAACAAACGCAAGCAAAGUUAAUCGCAACGCCGACGCUGCUGCUGCUGAAUGUCCUACAAAGUUGAACCACUGCCUGACUCCUAUGCCGGCCUAGGCGAGGGACCCCACUGGGAUGUGGCCACCCAGAGCUUGUACUACGUGGACUUGGAGGCUGGCAAACUCCUUCGCUACGACUUCAAGCAGAACAAGGUUUACGCGACCCAGAUUGAGGGCGAGAGUUUCGCUGCCUUUGUCCUGCCGAUUGAGGGCAAGCCCCAGGAGUUUGCCGUUGGCUGUGCUCGUCGCGUGGUCAUUGUAAAAUGGGAUGGUGUCUCGCCAGUGGCCAAGGUGGUACGCACCCUAUUCGAGGUGCAGCCGGAGCUCGAGAAGAAUCGCUUGAACGACGCCAAGGCCGAUCCCCGUGGCCGAUUCUUUGGCGGCACCAUGCGCUACAUUGGCGACGAGUUUGAAUUCCGUCACGGUGAGCUCUACAAGUGGGAGGCUGGCGGCCAGGUGUCCAUUGUCAAGGGCGAUGUGGGCAUCUCCAACGGCCUGGCCUGGGACGAGAAGGCCAAGAAGUUCUACUACAUCGACACCACCGACUACGAGGUCAAGUCGUACGACUAUGACUUCGACACAGGCGUGUCCAGCAACCCCAAGGUGGUCUUCAACUUGCGCAAGACCAGUCCCAAGGAUCAUCUGCUUCCCGACGGUCUCACCAUCGACACCGAGGGUAAUCUCUAUGUGGCCACAUUCAACGGUGCCACCAUUUUCAAAGUCAACCCAAACACUGGCAAGGUCCUGCUGGAGAUCAAGUUUCCCACCAAGCAGAUCACCUCGGCUGCCUUUGGUGGCCCCAACCUGGACAUUCUAUAUGUGACAACAGCGGCCAAGUUCGACCAGCCGGCCCCAGCAGGCACCACCUAUAAGGUGACGGGCCUGAAUGCCACUGGCUAUCCAGGCACCUAUCUGAAGGCCUAGGUAAUACCAAAUCCUAAAUCACAAUUUUUUUUAAACUUCAAAAAUGCAUCACAAAUCUAAUCCAAGUGCAAUAAAAUGUUAUAAUUAUUAAUCAAACAAAA